GGAAAUGUUGCAUUUGGGCGAAACUUUUAAGGAAAUUGAAAGAUUGGAGAAUGUAGUUAAGCACAGACAUGCAGCUGCCUUUGCCUUGGGCUCCGACGACUAUAUUAAUGGAAGUAUUUCCGGUGUGAAUGAUAUGAUGGAAAUCUUUAACAAAAUACGUUGGAUCUCAAGGCAUUAUGAUCGUUUAAGACGCUUUGAGAUGGAUAAAUAUGAAAAUAUAACACAAAUAAGUUUGGCUGAGGCCCAAGUCUCGAAAAAAGAGGGCGAGAAUCUUCAAGCUAUGGAAGAGAUUCACCGGAAACUCUUCGGAAGAGAUGAUCUGAUUGGACUACUGGCCAGGGGCAACCAGCAGUUUCAAAUCUACACGUGCAAAACACCACAGUCCCCUCAGCAAUUUCUUUACAGAUUUUAUUUGGACUACGUUCUACUCGAACUGAAAGUCCACGCCUUGGUGGAGUGGUCAUGGAUGUUGCUCAGGAAGUUCGGACGUGGAGGAUCCAUCGAUGAGGAGAAUGAGAGUCGGGAAGCCUACAAGCGAAGGACUUCAGGCACUCUGUCAAAGAUCAAGGAAUUUAUGAGCCAGACAGAUCGCUCCGUUUGGCGUUGUGACCCAAGGAACCAUAAACUCGGGGUCACCUACGAGGAGGUCACCAGCCUCCUUCAAGGUUACAUAGAGAACGAGGUUGAUCUUAAUACAGAUGGAUCAUGCAAACGUGGAUGCGGCUACUACACAUCCUCCAAAAACGAGGGCUGCUUUAAUAAUAAGUUCUGUUCCGAGCAGCCAAAAUGCCCAGGUGGAGUGUACGACUGCCGCUUUGUGGAAUCCGAUAUGGAGAUAUGUCAGGCGGAUAAAAACUCCAACAGGCGAUACGAGUUUAUACAGUACAAAAGUGGACUUGUCCACGGACGAAAAAAGUCAUGUGGCACCUGGUUAAACAGAGCCAGAAGUUGGAAUCGUUGGAUUUUCAUGGAGUGCAGCUACUGCGUUUGCUUGUGCGAUGAUCAAAGCCCCAAGUCGGAUCGCUAUUUCAACCUGCGACCUAUGAUCGCCGAUGUGGACAACAACAGAGUCGUAACGGGCCUUCGAUUCGUAAAGAGAAAUCGCAUUUUUCACCUGCAGAUUCAGGAAGGCGAACUCCUGCCACUCGGAGUCAUCAAUGAGACCACUAUUCAGUGGAAACCCGUGGAUGCGUACACCAUAACCGAUAAUGAUGUGAAGGAAUCCGUUGACUUCCACAUGUUGACAUACGAGAAGCGAUCCAUAGAUCUUGGUGAGCUAAAAGUAGAGAACAACUCGGUGGUUACCGGACUGAGGUUUCAAGUGGUCGGAACCCAUCUUCAAAUGCAGGCCCAAUUCAGCAGAGUUGAUUUUGAAAAAGGAAUGCUCAUCGAGCCAAAGUCAACGAGCUUUUGGGUAUCAGGAGCAGGGGAUCAACAAAGGGAGAGGCUGCCUUUGAAGGAAGUCGACGUGCCCACAGAAUCCCACGUCCCCUCGAUACCUUUCCCGAAUGAAAACCAGUACAUAGAAUUUACCAACACGGGUUUUUACCAGGAUGCUGCUCAAAGCACUGUGCCCUAUAUUGACAUUCGGGACGUGAUUUCUGACCCAGUGGUCCCGCUUUCCGGAAUUGGAAUUUACUAUAAGGGCCGUGAUGGGUAUGGCGGAUUUUUGGCGCCCAAGAUCUUAACCUACGACUUUACGCCACACGUCCAGUUGCCCACAUGGGAGUCUCUGAAUUCUCGGAAGGUAGAAGACAAUAUAGUUAAUUAAUAUUAGGAAAAUAAAUUAUUUCUUGAUUUAUGGGUUACCCAAAACAAUUUUUUUCCAUCUCGAACUACUUCGACUUUAGCACUUUCGCUUUUUUAACU